AUGCUGCAGAUUCACGCGAGGUGUCGACCUGCCAAUUCCGCGAAAGCUGACGCCAGAGACUUCUCGACCUCGAUCUUCAAAGACUGGACCUCGCUGAAUGCCCUUCUGAAGCGCUUCGAGCUCGUCGUUCAGCGGCGAUGGAUGAAGAAAAGCUCCAAACAGCGACUAGAACUGCUUCUAAAGGCGUGGCCACGCAUGUCACCCACACAUCGACCGGAUCUUUCCAAUUUUCGUGACAUGCAGAAGCAGGCAUCGCGCGAGAAGACGUGCCGGUCUGAGGCCUAUCUGUGGCCACACAUCAACCUUGAAGAUCUCCAGCAGCGCAACUUCCUCCUGCUGUUCCUCAAUUCACGCGGACGCAACCUGCCUGAGACAUUUCGUCUCGCCGACAUCAAGUCAGCACACCUAGGUAAUUCUUGGUUGCCCGAUCUCGACUUGGCGACCGAGGCAUGCCUCGAGGGCUAUUGUUGCGAAGAUCACUACCUCGCGGACAGCACGGGCCACGAGCCGCAUCGCAUGAUGUUCGAGAAGAGACACUCUCCCAAUGGCUACGGAUUCGUGCUCGACUGUCGCUCUGUUCGACUCAAGUCGGGUCAGCAUAAGCAUCUGAGUCGCUGCCAGGAGGGUCUUCUCGCGUUGGAGAUUCAACAAGAGACAUAUCGGUUCUUGCUUGCGUCUGCAAAGCUGAUCCUGCACGAUAUCGAGCCGAGCAUGUUCUUUCUCGCGCCACAUCGACCCGAACCAUCCGUGCCUCAGCUCGCAAAGCGCAACGAGUGGGCUUCGUUGGCGGGUCAUACCAUCCAAGCGCCCUACUGUAUACCGCAGCGGCUGGAUCUACAGCGUCUCAGAGGGCUAGCCAUCGCACGGCGCUCGUCAGCGGAAGAUCACGUUUGGAUGCUGCGUGAGGACCCCGGCUUCUUCAUGACCACUCUACGAGAGUGGAUCGAGCACAAUGGCACUUGUGGCUGCUCGACGGUGUGCGCUAGUUCCGCCUGUUGGAAGCGCGAAGCUGGCAAUAUGUCUACAAAUGCGUUUGUGUCUUUCGUGUUAUGGGACGACAUUUACAGAAAGCUCAAGGCGAUGCCCGACAUUGAGAUUCAGAUGCAGCGCGCGGACGAAAAGCACGUUCGACUCGCUGCCAAGGACGAGGAUAUGUGGAUGGCGCUCAUGGACAUUUUAUACAAUGCCACCAUGUUCUCGAUUGACGUGCUUCGCGAAGGGGUUCCAACAAGUCCUCGCUUGCGUAGUCGAUACUACUGGCGCACGUUUGCGGAAGCCCAAGGCCGAUGGGAACUGAGAACAGGCGCUCCGUGGCCAGUGCGUCGCGUAGACCAGCUGUUCUACUCGAUCUUCACCCCGUCUCAGCGUUCUCUGCACGGUCUCAAUGGCCUGGUACAAGAAACGCAAUACAUGCUAGAGACCGAGACUGAAGCGUCACACUACUUCGAUGGUUGGAUCACGGAGCAUUUUUCCGAUCUCGCGCUGCUCUCAGAACUUCAGCAUUCCGUGGAUGCGUUGGCACCUUGGUUCGAUAAGAAUAAAGCUGCUCGUUUUACAAGUCAAGCGGACCAACUCGUGUCUCGAACCCGGGGACUGACCGCGAAGCUGCAUGGAGCCAUUCCUCUGGUUUGCGAUGAAUUGACCAUAGCUUGGGAUCAUGCCUACACAGCUUCCUUCGACUAUCCUGCCGAGAAGGCUCCCACCAAGGCGAAUGUUGAUCAGAUGCGGUCCGCCGAGCGCUGUCUGGACAAGUUCUGGAGCCAGGUUCAGAAAAGAGUGAGCUCAAUGGUCAAGAUCAGCCUAGAAAAAGUCCUUUUCAACAGGAUGUUUGAGUCACGUCAGCUUUACAGGACGCCACCGUGGCAGAAGCCCGUCCAACCUCCUACACCAGAGUGCACGCCCCCCAAGACGACCGUGACAGCCGAUCCACCAAGCGCCACUCUGCAGCAUACCUCGGCUGGGUCACAGGAAUCAGCUGAGGUGACACUGACCAGAGGCAAACAAAAGAUCAAGACUCGUGGACAACCAGCAGCACCAGAUCCUCGCAUGAUCAUUGCGGAUGAUGCGGUGGUGGCCCAGCACAGAGUCAAACUUCCCAAGGAAGUGCACAAGGUAUUCUGUGCCUUGCUGCCAUCCACAGUCGAUGUCGCUCAACAAAGAUUCGAAAUCGGCUGGGAGGAGAUGUUAUUUGCUUUCGAUCAUAUCGGCUUAGAGCCAGAACAGCUCCACGGAUCGGCUUGGAUUUUCAGACCACGACCAAGAGAAGAGUGCAAAGUCGAGCUUCGCCGCAGCAUCCAGUUCCACGAGCCCAAGGAAUUGCGGCGAGGUGCAAAGAUUCCCCGCCCGAUGGUGAGACUGUACGGGCGGCGACUCAAGCACGCAUAUGGCUGGACAUGUGCGGAGGACUUGUUCGAAAGCGAAUAA